AUGAUUGGAUGUGCGAUGUACGAAUUAGUCAAAGUUGGUCACGACAAUUUGGUUGGUGAAGUCAUUAGAAUCAAUGGUGAUAAGGCCACUAUCCAAGUUUAUGAAGAAACUGCAGGUGUCACUGUUGGUGAUCCUGUUUUGAGAACUGGUAAACCAUUAUCUGUUGAAUUGGGUCCAGGGUUAAUGGAAACCAUUUAUGAUGGUAUUCAAAGACCAUUGAAGGCAAUUAAAGAUGAAUCCCAAUCCAUUUAUAUUCCAAGAGGUAUUGAUGUUCCAGCUUUAUCAAGAACUGUACAAUAUGAUUUUACUCCUGGUAAAUUGAAAGUAGGUGACCACAUCACUGGUGGUGAUAUUUUUGGUUCUAUUUAUGAAAACUCUUUGUUGGACGACCAUAAAAUCUUGUUGCCACCAAGAGCUAGAGGUACCAUUACAUCUAUUGCUGAAUCUGGUUCUUAUAAUGUUGAAGAUACUGUUUUAGAAGUUGAAUUUGAUGGGAAAAAACACAAAUACUCAAUGAUGCAUACUUGGCCUGUGAGAGUUCCAAGACCAGUUGCUGAAAAAUUAAGUGCUGAUUAUCCAUUGUUGACGGGUCAAAGAGUUUUGGAUUCUUUAUUCCCAUGUGUUCAAGGUGGUACCACUUGUAUUCCUGGUGCUUUUGGUUGUGGUAAAACUGUUAUUUCACAAUCUUUAUCCAAAUUCUCCAACUCAGAUGUUAUUAUUUAUGUUGGUUGUGGUGAACGUGGUAAUGAGAUGGCUGAAGUUUUGAUGGAAUUCCCAGAAUUAUACACUGAAAUAUCCGGUAGAAAAGAACCAAUUAUGAAACGUACCACUUUAGUUGCCAACACUUCUAACAUGCCUGUCGCAGCCAGAGAAGCUUCUAUUUACACUGGUAUUACAUUAGCUGAAUAUUUCAGAGAUCAAGGUAAGAAUGUGUCUAUGAUUGCUGAUUCUUCAUCACGUUGGGCCGAGGCAUUGAGAGAAAUCUCUGGUAGAUUGGGAGAAAUGCCUGCUGAUCAAGGUUUCCCAGCUUAUUUGGGUGCCAAAUUGGCCUCAUUCUAUGAACGUGCUGGUAAAGCCACUGCUUUGGGUUCUCCAGAUAGAAUUGGUUCUGUUUCCAUUGUUGCUGCUGUUUCACCAGCUGGUGGUGAUUUCUCUGAUCCAGUUACUACUGCUACUUUGGGUAUUACUCAAGUUUUCUGGGGGUUGGAUAAAAAAUUGGCUCAAAGAAAACAUUUCCCAUCUAUCAACACUAGUGUUUCAUAUUCCAAAUAUACCAAUGUUUUGAACAAAUAUUAUGAUUCCAAUUAUCCAGAGUUUGCUCAAUUAAGAGAUAAAAUCAGAGAAAUCUUAUCUAAUGCUGAAGAAUUGGAACAAGUUGUGCAAUUAGUUGGUAAAUCUGCUUUAUCAGAUUCUGAUAAGAUUACUUUAGAUGUCGCCACAUUAAUUAAAGAAGACUUUUUACAACAAAAUGGUUAUUCUUCUUAUGAUGCAUUCUGUCCAAUUUGGAAAACUUUUGAUAUGAUGAGAGCAUUUAUUUCAUAUUAUGAUGAAGCUCAAAAAGCUGUUGCCAAUGGAGCUCAAUGGUCAAAAUUAGCUGAAAGUACUAGUGAUGUCAAACAUGCUGUUUCAUCAGCUAAAUUCUUUGAACCAUCAAAAGGUCAAAAGGAAGGUGAAAAAGAAUUUGGUAAUUUAUUAUCGACCAUUUCUGAAAGAUUCGCUGAAGCUUCUGAAUAG